CUGAUUGACUUCGUGACGUAAUGUUUUCUUUAUGGUACUGUUUAGGUCACUGAUAAAUUUCUCAUAGUGAAUUGCGUUUUGAAACUAAUUUUUGGGUUUUGGCGUUGUUUGGUGAAAAUUAGUGUUAUUAUUUUACUGAUAUCUUGAAUGAAUUUGUUGAAGUUACAUGUUUCUACUUGAAGGUGACAGAGGGCAGAUCAACUUGUUUUUUGGCUGAUAAUCUACCCUGAAAAGAUGAAUUAAUGACUGUUGAGUCCGAGGAGUCAUCUCAGUGAUGAGUUAGCUGGUUCUUGUUUCCACAAGGAUAACUAUUUGUUUACCUGUGGACCACGGGUCUCAAAUAUGCUAACAGACUAUAAAACAUUCUUUUCAUGACAACUGUGGUCUUUAGUGCUAUUCUUUAAUUAGGCCACGGUCUGUUGUCCUGGUAUGCUAAUUAUUUGUUAUUAUCAAAUUUAAAUACAUUAGUCUCAUCGUAAUUUAUCAUCGUCUUGAUAAUGUGGAGACUAGUGUUUUUUCACAAGUUUGCGGAUCUAAGCUCAUUAGAAGCUUAUCAAUUGUGAUAUUAGUAAUAAAUUGUUAGUUUAAAAUUCACCUUUUUCUAGUCUUGUGUUCUUAUUGCAAUUUAAAUAAAAUUUCAAAUAAAAAAAAAUCACCAAAAGAUUAUUUGUGAGAUCAAUAACGUCGGGAUGAGCGAACCUACCAAAUGGGUUUGCGAAUACUGUACUUACGAAAACUUUACUGCAGCAUUAAAAUGCACUAUGUGUCGAGGAUUCAAGCCAUUACUCAAUGAAGACAUUUACCGAUUACGAGAUGAAUCACCCACUAGCAGAGACGAUGUUUUACGCAGACCAUCGAGUGGAGGAAUAUCACCUGGAUGUGGGCCUUCGCCACGAGAGCCUCAUAAGCCGAGAGAGUCGUGGCACUGCCAGGCGUGUUCUCAUGUCAACUGGGCCAGAGCCAAGGAGUGUGCGGAGUGUCAUGCACCUCGCACUUACACACCCGCAGACCUAGCGGAGCAACUACGGCCACUGAGGAUAGACUGUAAUACUGACACCACCACAUCCAGCAGCUCUGUCAAGUGGACCUGUCCCACCUGCACCUACGACAACUGGCCUCGCUCCAUUCGCUGCAUCAUGUGUGGCACCAUGCCACGAGUCAGUCCUAUGGAGGGCGCGGGCAGUAUUAUUAUUGAGGACAACGUUCCUUGUGUCAAAAGAUCGAGCUUGAGGCGAGACGACCCUGUGAAUCUGUCCCCGCCUAACAACUCUGCCAGGUAUCGUCAAAGGUCCCCGCUAGACAGGUCGUGGCUCAAUGCUUGUCUGGGUGUGGUACAAGGGGACCACAGUCCAGUAGAGACGUUCCUGUCUAACGGAGGCGACCCGACACGUCAACUCACAGCCAGUGAGGUGGCCUACCUCAACCGACCCUCCGCCUUUGACACUGGCCACACACUUGUACACCUUGCCAUCAGGUUUCACAGAGAAGACUUGUUAGCGACGCUGUUGUCCCGUAUUGAAGGCAGUGGAUCGGGUGUGAAGCGUGUCCCAUCCUACGUGGCUCCUGACCUAGCAGCUGACAUCCGCCGUCACGCUGCCUCCACCCUGCGGCAGCGCAAGGGCACCAUGCCUUGUCCCUAUCUCAACGAAAUGCCUACCUUCACACUUCCUGCAGAAAUUGAAGAGCUGCCAGCAUCCAUCCAGGAGCAGCUGUUUGAGGAGCUGCUAGACAAGGACGCCCAGCGCCAGCUAGAGGAUGAUCCACCUGUCAUCAACUGGUCCUUGGAGGUGACUGUACACCUGGGGUCUCGACUGCACGCUUUGUGGAACAGGUCUGCGGGCGACUGUCUGCUAGACAGUCUCAUGCAGACCACGUGGGGCGUGUUCGACAGAGACAACCUGCUCCGGAAAGCCUUAGCCGACACACUAAACAAUGGAGGCCAUUUGUUCUACCCGAGGUGGAGAGAGUAUGAGUCGUGCCAAGCCAGGCUGCUACAGUUCUCUCUAGAGGAGACACAGUGGCAGCAGGACUGGGCGGGUCUCAUGUCACUGGCCACUCAGCCUGGCGCUAGUCUAGAGCAGCUUCAUGUUUUUGCCUUGGCUCACAUACUGCGCAGACCCAUCAUUGUCUACGGUGUCAAAUAUGUCAAGAGUUUCCGUGGUGAAGACCUCGGUUAUGCUCGUUUUGAAGGUGUUUAUCUGCCACUACUGUGGGAGCCUGGGUUUUGCACAAAGUCGCCUGUUGCCCUCGGUUACACAAGAGGUCACUUCUCAGCCCUGGUGCCCAUAGAGCCAUACUCCUCACCUGAGACUGCUGCUAACGAUCUCAACCAGGACAGUCUCCAGGUCACCUUCCUACCUCUCAUGGACCAUGAUAAAAAGAUCUUGCCUGUCCACUUCACCACACAGUCUGAGAUGGGUAGAGAAGAGAGUUUGUUGAGGCAGUGGUUGGACGUUGGUGUGACUGAUGGUGGAUUGUUGGUUGCACAACAGAGACUCAACAAACGGCCUCUACUUGUUGCCCAGAUGCUAGAAGAAUGGCUCAAUCACUAUCGUAGACUUGCGCAAAUGUCCCACGCUCCAUUCAGUCGACCAAUCCCAGUGCAAGAUUAUUCUAGCGACGGGGACACAGAUGAUGAAUGAGUUGUGAUCUGCCCUUUGUAUAUCUUUACAAAAUAUAAUGGAUAUUUAUUAUGAUUUGUAUAAAUUGUAUGAGUGCAGGGUUUAGCUUUAACGAGUGGAUGUGUUUGUGUAAAUAGCUCCUCAAAAAUCGCUAAGGAUUCAUGAAAUUCUCUGUUAAAAAAUCUGGGUUUCCAAUAAAUUCUAAAUUACGUGCUAAUAGCGACAAAUUUUGUUAUUGUUGACAGUACCUGCUGGAUGAACAAAAAUGUAUUAUAAUUUACAGUUGUUAUACUCCACUUAACUUAGGUCUGUUUAUUAUUAUGAGUUGUAUUCAAAUUUAAGUACAAGCCUUUAUUUAAUAUUGUAGCUUUUAAGUUAAAACGUUUGGAAUAUGUUUGAGGUGUAGGCCUAUGUUCUAAUUACAGUUUAUUUUUUUAAUAACCAAUACUUAAAUAUAGUUAAAUUAUGUUCUUCUAUUUUCUACGUAAGGGUUGUGCAAUUCAUUUAUAUUAUGUGUAAAUUGCUUUGAAAACUAUUUCAGUGAACAGUUAUUGCAAUAUAAAAGGUUGUGUUUAUUUGCGUUUAUUCCAACAAAUUAUAUUUUUCAGCUGUGAAAUGGUUCUGGUUCCUAAAAGAUAUAUCCAUGGAGGAGGUCUAAAUGUAAACUAAUUCUUUAUUUAAUAAGAGGAGAUUGAAUAAUGGUGCUUUGAACUUUUAAAAAGUAAUUCCAGAUAUUGAAGUAAUUGUUAUAUAUUGGCAAUUUUAUUGUUUUCCUUAAUUAAAGAGAAUUGUCAAACUCUUAACAACUUUAAAUCUGUAAACCUGCAAGAUAUGUCAUGUAGGAUUGUGUCCUUACCCUGUAUGCAUGUCCAGCUUACAUAGAUACACUAAUUGAACUUUUGUCUUGAAAGAAAAGUGAUUAUUCAAAGAAGCUAGUAAUAUUACAGUUUAUUUUAACAUGUGAAAAAAUAUAUCAAUCAAAAUUAUUAUAUUAGACAUGGCUGUAGUGUAAAAGGAUACCUAAUAAUAAUUAUGCCAAGGAUACAAAAUAAGCCAAUUUCAUUGAAUGGUAAUUUGUUUAAAACUUGUUAUCCUUAUUACUUCAACGUAUCUUGUAAUAAAAUGUGCUUAUGGUCUGAAUUGCAAAAAAUGUGUAUAUCAUAUUAUAUACUAAUGACUACAUACAGGGUCCAUUCAAUAAGUUUCGGGACUGGUUCACUGUAGCCUUAAAAGAGCAGUGGAGGGGGUCCGACCGGUUGGGUUUGAUUGAGUGGUCCUUCACCACACCAUUCAGGAGCACUUUGGUUUAGCACUACGGGCAUUCGUUGAGACAAGAGGUUGAUAUUUACGAGUGUUUUUUUUUUUUCAUUGUGUCAUCACGUCAACAUGGAUGGAGCGUACCUUCGAGGAUCGCUGAGAGGUUUUGCUUUAAACUCGGAAAAUCUGCAUCGGGGACCCUUGCCUUUCCCUUGGUCUCCGACAAGGAAUUCCCGAGUUUAAAGCAAAACUUCACAGCGUUGCUUUACGGUACGCUCAACACAAUGGAAAAAGGCUCGGCGCAAAUAUCAACCUCCUGUCUCAAAAAAUGCCCGUAGGUGACUAAAUUAAAGUUCUCCUGAAUGGUGAAGGACCCCUCUAUCAAACCCAACUGGUCAAACCUCCCUCCACCGCUCUUUCAAGGCUAACGUGAACCAGUCCCGAUACUUAUUGAAUGGAGGGUGUAAUUUACUUCCUCUGGAUAUUGUUUGAGCCAAAAGCUGAGAUUUUAGUUAUGAUUUAGUUCCAUAAUAGGCGAGAAAAAUGUGGUAUUAUUUAUCAGAAUAUUUUCAUAUCUUUUUCAAAUCCUUAUGUGUUUUCAAACCCACGUUGUUCGUUUUGAAAGAUGCUUAGAAUCUGGUCUUCAGAGUACCUGAUAAUUUGUAGGGUCAACUUUGCACUCAAUAUGAAGAUCAAUGGGAUAUAAUAGUAUAUUUCAAUGUUAAUAGUAAUUUUUGAUAUCAUAAUAUGUUUAAACUUUUGUGUACAACUAAACAAAUAACAGUUAACUUAAGUUUUCUUCCUUGUCCUUAUGGAUCAGUUGACCACAGAUUUAAGAUAUGGUUAGGCAGCAACGCUUGUGUGUGUGAUGACAAUUUGAGUGUGUCAUAUUUUUCUUUUCAUCCUUAGGUUAUUUUCCUAUUGAAUUAUUAUACAGUCUAACCUUGAUAUAACGAUAUCAAGGAAUUCGUUAUAUUGAGGUAAGAUAACAAAUUCCUUGAUAUAACAAAUUAUUUUAAAUCUCCUAGAACUCUCCAAAAGACACAAUAAAUAUUUUACCUCUACAUAGCGAACAAACCAUAACAACCUUUAUUUAAUGAAUUUUUGACGAUCCCGGCUAAAAGAAGACACCUUUAAUAUAACAAAUUUAUCAUUGCCAGAACCUCUACUUAAAGAAUUUAACCUCUACGUCUUUCCCUCAAUACAACAAACCCUCCCCCCACACAUUAUUGUUUUUGAAAAAAUCACGGUUUCUUGAUUAAAAUAAAUUGGAAAGUUGAUGUAAACACUUGCGCUAACAUUCGUCUGCUCUUUUGGAAAAUUACCCUAUAGGGAAGUAGCUAUUACCGUAGGUCUCAUAGUAAGAUCUGGUCCCGGGACCCAGAGGCCCAUUUAUUUUAUUUAUCCCCAUUUUUGGUUUAUGUUUCAUUUUGAUGUCCCCAGAGGGCAAAAACACAAUUUGUUAAAAUUUGUUUAUAUAUAUAUACCUAUAUAAAACAUCAUCGCGCAGACAUGCUGUGCGCUAUGUCCCAACUGAUUUCAUUCACUGAGGACUGAUGACGACGUAAUGAUUUGUAAACUGGGAAUGGGAUAAGUAACUAUGACGACUUUUGAAUUUUUUGAUGAAGGGAAACUUGAGAAAGAACAGAAGAACUAAGAGAAAGAAUAUCAACACCUUUUAUCUUUAUUCCUUCCUUUUACUAGUGUUUUUAUUAUCUUCAAAUGAUUAUACACUUUUAUGUUGACUUAUCAAAUGUUUUUAUUGUUUUCAAUACAAUUUGUUUCAACCAAGGCAAGGCCAAUGAUAUAGUUGAUUAUUAUUAUUGAGAUUCCUCUGUUGUGAUAAAGCAAUAUGUCAGGCUAUUGGCCUCUCACGAGCAGUAGCUUACAAAACUCUCUAUUGUUUUGUUUUAUCCCUUCCGUGAUUUAGAUUUAUUGCUGUACAGUGUUUGGCUAGACUUUGGGUGAGUUUGAGUAUGCUGUGAUUUUAAACACAGUUUGUAAAUUGAACCAAGGUCCAAGGUCAAUAACUUAAGUCAUGAUUGGCAAUAUUAAUGAUUGUGUAAUAUUGUAUUUUGUCAACAAAAAAAUCAAAUUGUGACAUAAAUGGAAUUUUUUUAUACAGUAUUAGUGUUUUUAUGGAUUUGUCAUCUUUUUGAUACCAUGUUGGAUACCUCAUUACCCUGGAUAAUCAAGGUUCUUCUUUAAAAUGUCAAUACUGUACUGUAAAGUAUUGUAGCCUAUGCUACUUAAUUGUGUUUUAAUGAGGUCAAAUGCAGUGGCCUGUAAUCCAGCUACUAGAAGGUCACGAAUUGUGGAUAUUUAUAUGCAUGCACUGUGGAUAAGAUACUUCCUGGUGUGGAUUAACGUCCGCACUAGUGAGAACUAAGACUAUCUGCAGUACUAUCCUGAUAAUUAGACCAAUUCGUUAACACCAAGGUAAAAAUGUGGUUCGGAUUCCACUAUGAACUGUAGGUCCCUUAGUUGCCAUUAGCUGUACCGGUAUGGGCUAUUAAUUAACAGUUGUGUCUAAGGAGUAUGUCGGCCUUAGUCACUAACAAGUCUACAAGAUUGCACCACUUAUCUCCAUUCAUACUUGACUUUAAAUACCUACUUUGUAUGGUCGCCAUUGCAUUGAAAAGUAUUAAAGUAAUGUCGACCUUUAUUGACCAAUGCUGUUUCCGAACCUCGACUUAGCGAAAUUCCUGCCAACCUAACCUCAAUACAACGAACCUAUUUUAACAACAUCCUUAUAUAUCCUAACGAAAAUUUAGUUUGAUCCCUUCAGAUUCGUUAUACCGAGGUUGGACUGUACUACCAAAAACCAAAUUAAACGACUUAUUAGUAAAUUAAAGCUUGUACUUUGAUAAUAAAACUAAGCAGUAGGUAAAGCACACAACAUGAAAUCAAAGAGAAAUAUUUACUUAAAAUCAACCCAUUUAAGUGUUACCACAAUGUCAAAACAGUCUUCAGAUUUUACUAUUAGGAUGAUAAAAGUUUUAAAUGUAUCCAAAUUAGAUGCUUAAAUCUGUACAAAUUCAUCAAUAUUUUAUAAUACUAAAAUAUUCCUGUACAGUACAACAGUAAACUGGACUCAUGAUGAUAAUAAUGUUUGGUACCUACUAAAUAUUUUGGUUUGUAUUUAGCGAAAAUAGUUGUGUCUUCCAUUAAUCUAAUCUCAAUCAAGCCAUAAUAUGCCCACUAAUAACAUUUAUGAAAAGGAACCAUUACAUUUCCUGAUUUUCCAUUAAUGCACAAUACACAAUCAAACAUACAAGUGCUUGUAAAUACAAGCUUUUUCAUUAUUUAAUGAUUUUAGGUUUUAGUGGGUCACAAAGUAUUUUUAGAUAUACCAAAAAUCCUAGUGGUAGCGUGGAUUGUUUACAUAGUUCUUGGGUCAGUUAUUACUAAGCAAUUUGUUAAUUAGUUUUAAAGAAGAUAGUUUAACAAGAUUCAAUAUUUAAUUGUAGAUAUGAGAAAUUAAAAUCUGUUGUUGGUGUCUUUCUUAA